AUGCCUCCGAAGAAACCAAGCAAGGCAAAGGUUAUCAGGUCAGCCGACGGGGUCGAGCGUGUGGCCCAGGCUUGUGAUCGCUGUCGCUCGAAGAAAACGAAAUGUGAUGGUAAAAGACCCCAGUGUUCUCAGUGUGCUGCAGUGGGGUUUGAAUGUAAAAUAAGUGAUAGGUUAUCGAGAAGAGCUUUUCCUCGAGGGUAUACUGAAUCAUUGGAAGAACGUGUUCGAGAGUUAGAGGCGGAGAAUCGCAAACUUAUUGCUCUAAUAGAUCUAAAAGACGAACAAUUGGAGUUACUCUCGAAGCCAACUAGUAAUAACAAUAACAACGAUAACGAUAAUAAUGAUAAUGAUCAUCGUCGGGAUACCACAACAAUUGAUAAAAAGGCCAAUGGUAUUAAUACCAAUAUUCCUCAAGAAUCAAAGUCCGCAAGUUUUCUACCCAAUGACAAAUCAACCUCUUCAUCAAUUGCCAUUCCUCAACCAUCAAAAACACAUUCCAGUGUGGUAAUAGAUCAAGAAUCGCCUCUAAAUUCCGAUAAUUUGUCAUUAUUGAACCAAUUAAACCAACCGAAAUUACAUACCCACGAACCCCACGAAGAAGGUUGCAAUUGUGGAUGUGUAAACUUCCCUCAUUCUGUCCAUGAAAGACCUACUAGUAUUGCCGCCAGUGUGAUUCUCGGAGAUCGACAAAAUGAUAAUUUUGACGAUGACGAUAAUGACGAUGAUCUUUUAUCAAUCUCGAGCUUUGAAAGCUAUAGCAAUGACAAACUAGGAAAAUCAAACUUCUUUGAUGAUGGGAAGAAACAACUCGUAGGUCUACGAAACCCUGCAACGUCUUCAUCUUCUUCCAACAUGAAUGCCUAUUACAAUAAUUUCAACGUGUCAUUCGAACAAAAAGAAGCUCCAGGGGCAGCAGCAGCAAUGGCCAUUGCCUCGAUGAAUAAUGACAGAAAUAAAAUUAAAAAUCAAAUUGCAACCCUCGUGGCAAUGUCAACCCCACGAACCACAGAAGAAAUAUUAUUCAUCCCAUCGCUCAUUGGCAAACUCGGUAACGCUCAUGGAUUCGAUAGUAAACCAGCAGUGUUCACCGCCAAGACUUUGGCAUUACUUAAGUACCAUUUCGUCACCAAAAACCCUAACCAUAUGAUUGAUGAUUCCACCAUCAUCAACCUCAAGAAUAUUAAUUUCAAUAAAAUCAGCCGGGCAGAGUCUCAUUUAUUUUUUGUCAAUUUGAAGCUCCCAAACAGAUUAGAUUUGGACCAACUUAUCACUUACUAUUUCCAAGAAUGGCAUAAAUUGGUCCCGGUGGUUGAUCAACAAGAAUUCUUGAAAAAUUACAUGAAGUUGAUGCAAAGUGCCGAAAAUAAGUUCAACGAUAAUGACAUGUUUGGCAAUGAGAAAUUCGGGGCAGUGGCGAUAAUAAUCGUGGCGUUGGCACUUUUGGGUAGAGUAAAAUGCUCACGACACUCUAAUGAUACCUCGUUUGCCAAAGGUAAUCAAAAGUCUAUUCGAUUCAUUCAUUCGAAUAAAUCCUCUUCGACCCCAUUCAAUAGUAAUUAUAAAAAUUGCGACCAGGAGCAACCAGGGGUAAUUAAUGAUAAUGACGCCACAAUUCGUCUUCUAAACUAUUAUCAUCAUCUAAUCAAGCAGAUUAUUUCGUCAUCGAUUGUCGAGUCUUGUUCCAUGCAGUCGUUACAAAUCCUUUCCCUUGCCCUCUCAUAUACCCUUAACGUCGGGGAUAUUGGUAGUUCUUAUACCCUUCGGGGUAAAGUGGUGAGCAUGGGUCAACAAUUGCGUCUUCAUCGUUGUCCAUCAGCCGUUUUGAGCAAUAGUGGUUCGAUUGUCUCAAAAAUCCAACAAUCGGAACGUCGUAUUCUUUUUUGGUGUAUUUUCAUCCUUGAUGCGUUUGGGUCAUUACAGUUGGGGGUUCCAAGAUUAUUGAAAGAUUAUGAGAUUGAAUGUGCUUUGCCAUUUGCCAAUGAUGAUGCUGAAGAUGACAACAACACCAAUAUUUUAAUGAUCAAUAAUUCUCCAUUGUCACUCGUUGGUAAAGUUUCAAGUCUUUCCCUCGCAAUGAUGCGUUUCUCAAAGAUUUUGGGGAAUAUUUUGGACUCAAUUUUCCGGAGAGGCGGGGUGACCAUCGAUGCCCUUGGGAAAUCGUGUAUUAUAUUGGAAGAUUUACUUGAAAAUUGGCGUAAAGACUUACCAGACCAUUUGAAAUUUACUCUUGAUGUCAAUGGAGUUUUGAAAAACCACGAUUACCAAAAUUACUCGAACAAAAUCUUGACCACGAUUGUCCUUUAUUACCAAGCCAAGAUCUUGAUUUAUCUUCCAGUGCUUGCUGCCGAAGUUCGUUCAUCCAGAGGCUCAUCCUCGUACAUAACUAUUCAACAGUCAACCAACACCAUCAUGGGGAUUACCAACUUCAUGGCUCAACAAGCAUGCUUUUUGGCCACUCCUUUCAAUUGCGCAAGAAUGAGAGCCCGUUAUGGGUUAUUGGGGGCUAAAGGGGCGUUAGAUUACGCGCGGGGCGGGAAUCUUUUCCAAGACUUGAAACUGAAAUUGACCGAUUUAAUUGCCGAUUUGAAAUUGGAGACAGAAUUAGAGACCCCUGGUUGUUUAUCGGUCAAUGCCAUUAAAACCUUUGAAGAAACCAUCCAGUCGAUUUUGAGUCCUCCGAAUUCCGCGGCUGCAAUUUUGAACGGAUCUGCCAAUGGUAAACAGAAACAAAAAAAGAAUAGGGUUAAUGGAAAUGGGGCUCGAAAAUUAAUAUCUUCGUCAACAACUAAUGCCGCCGAUGUUUCUAGCCGGUUCCCAAAGAUGGAGCCUAAUGUUCAUUCACCUUUAAGUAAUGUCACAAAUAAUAAUAAUAAUAAUAAUAAUAAUGCAGUAAUGGUGAACAAUGCUACUCCAGGUGGGAUCUUGUUGGAUGGUAGUGCAUCGUCUAUGGUGAAAAGCGCGAGCACCGAAACCUCAGUUUCCACAUCUUCUAAUGGUCCUGCGGCUCCGAAUGUCAGUGUUAGUAGUGAUGAAAUGAUGGGAUUCCUUGAAUCGUUAGUGGCCCAGCCAAUGUCGGUGUCUAGCAGCACCAACCAGGCGCGGGGAUCACCGACCGAAUACGAAGGCGAUCAAAACUUCUUUUCAGAAUUCGCUGCUGAUGGGUCGCUUGGGCUUGCCCAAUUAUUGGAUUUGUCAUUGAUAUCCAGCAUGGCGGAACAAGAAGCGAAACGCCAGGAAAACUCACCACCUAUUAAUCCUGAUGGCGAAAUGAAACUCAUGAAUAACAAUGGUAAUGAAUCUAAUAUCGGUAGCUCGAUCCCCCAUAAUAACGGGUAUAAUGCGAACCAGUAUAAUACCAACCAGAAUCCUAAGAACAAUAGUAAUGCCGCUGAUAGCAUUUUGCAAAGCGGGAUUAGUGCAUUCUUCAAUAAUAAUGAUAAUAACCCAGUACCGACGGACGAGUACUCGCGUGGAAGUUUUUUCCAAUGGCAGAAAUGA